UGACAAGUGUAGAACCGAGAAAGAUGGCCGAUAUGACGGAAUCGCCGCCGCUUUUUGACACCAACGAGACGAAAUUGGUCGACCUGGAGGACGACGACGAGGAUAUCUUCGCGUCUGCGGUGCAGGAACAGAAUCAAUUAGAGGAUGUUUCACCUUAUAAUGGAGUGUCCAAGAUACAAGCAGAAUUGCCAAAGCUGUCUUUGCGAGACAUGCCAGAAGACAAUUCGUUUUCAUCGAUGUCCAGCCCAGCUCCGGGUCCUUUGAGUCCUCCACUAGGACCAAUAAAUACAGAUAUCGGAGAUCUUCAUGAUGUUCCUAUCAAUGAUAAUGCAGAUACUUUGUCUACAAACAUCAUUCAUUCUCGGUCUUUGGAAGAGGUUCCAACAGACACAUCUGAAGUUUUCUUAAAAAUUACUGUCACUUCACCUCAAAAGAUAGGCGAAGGAAUGGGCGCCUAUGUCGCAUAUAAAGUUGAAACGAGAACAAAUAUGCUUAUUUUUAAGAAAAGGAACUUUAGUGUAAUUCGGCGUUUCAGUGAUUUCCUAGGUCUUCAUGAUAAGUUGACAGAGAAAUAUCUUAGGAAUGGCAGGAUAAUUCCACCAGCCCCAGAGAAAAGUGUAAUUGGAACAACAAAAAUAAAAAUGUCGGGAGACAAGAGUCAAGAGCAAAACUCGAGUUCCACAGAAUUUCUUGAACGACGUAGAGCAGCUCUCGAGAGAUAUUUGAAUAGAACGGCUGUACAUCCAGUUCUGAGUAUUGAUCCCGAUUUCAGAGAAUUUUUAGAAGCUGAUGUAGAAUUGCCUAAAGCUACCAAUACAUCUGCAUUGAGUGGUAAAGGAGUAAUGCGGCUUUUCAACAAAGUUGGGGAAACGGUUAAUAAGAUAACAUAUAAAAUGGACGAGAGCGAUAUGUGGUUUGAAGAGAAAACAUCGCAAAUAGAUUCUCUUGAUAUUCAGCUACGCGCUUUACAUUCCGCGGUCGAUUCCUUAACAAAUCAAAGAAGGGAAUUGGCGAAUUACACUGGUGCUACGGCGAAGUCGAUUGCCGUUCUUGGUCAUGGCGAACCUGGAGCAUCUCUUGGCAGAGCUUUGGCACAAUUAGCCGAAACUCUGGAGAAAGUUGAAGUGAUCAGGAAGACGCAAAGCAACAGCGAUCUCUAUCAAUUUGGAGAAAUGUUGAGGGAUUACGUCGCACUCAUUGGUGCAAUUAAAGAUGUUUUUCACGAGAGAGUGAAAGUCUUUCAAAAUUGGCAACACGCUCAGUUGAUGUUGAAUAAGAAACGCGAGCAAAAAGCACGACUCGAGCAAUCAGGCCGAACAGAUAGGACGAGUCAAGCAGCUACUGAAGUCAUAGAAUGGGAAGCAAAAGUGGACAGGGGUCAGGAAGAAUUCGACAAUAUCUCGAAGAUGAUAAAGGAGGAGGUCGAACGCUUUGAAUUAGUCAGAGUGCAAGAUUUCAAGAAACAGUUAAUUGAAUACCUGGAAUCAAUGUUAGAACAUCAGAAUCAACUUAUCAAGUAUUGGGAGAGUUUUUUACCCGAAGCACGAGCGGUGGCGUAAACAUUCCGUUAAGAGAGACGAUACGAUAGCAAGGCCGAUACCUACCGUAUAAUACGAAAAGAAAUAACUUCUGUGAUGUUCGUCGAGACGAGUUAUUCGUUCCAUAUCAACGAUUGUGGCAUAUUUUAUUAAUAGAAUCUUUGAGUUUUGUGGAAAGAGAUUUGUAUUUACAAAAAAAGAAGAAAUAGAAGGAAAAUAAACGGGCGAUUCAGGUACUGCCAGAUUAUUAUGGAAUGAAAGGAAAGAAUUAUAUCCUAUAAUUAGACGAACAUAAC